GCGCAUCAGGAUCCGCUCCACCUAACGGGAAGCAACGACGGCUGCUUAAUCUUUCAUUGGGGAAAAAAGGGUGAAAGGCGAGACGAAAACGUACAAAUUUGUCUUCGCCUCUCACCUCCAGCCAAAAUGAUCCACAGCCUGUUCUUAGUGAACGCCUCAGGGGAUAUUUUCCUGGAGAAGCACUGGAAGAGCGUGGUCAGCCGCUCCGUGUGUGACUAUUUCUUCGAGGCCCAGGAGCGCGCCACUGAGCCGGAGAACGUCCCACCAGUGAUCCCCACACCACAUCACUACCUUAUCAGUGUGCUCCGACAUCGCAUUUACUUCGUUGCAGUCAUCCAGAGCGAGGUGCCGCCGCUGUUUGUCAUUGAGUUUCUGCACAGAGUCGUCGACACGUUCCAGGACUAUUUUGGAGUGUGUACAGAGGCUGCUAUUAAGGACAAUGUGGUAGUGGUCUAUGAACUGCUGGAGGAGAUGCUCGACAACGGCUUCCCGCUGGCCACAGAGUCCAACAUCCUCAAAGAGCUCAUCAAGCCUCCCACCAUCCUCCGCACAAUGGUCAACACCAUCACAGGCAGCACCAACGUUGGUGAACAGCUCCCUACAGGCCAGCUGUCAGUGGUUCCAUGGCGACGCACCGGAGUGAAAUACACAAACAAUGAAGCCUAUUUUGAUGUAGUGGAGGAGAUCGAUGCGAUCAUCGAUAAAUCAGGCUCCACUAUUACAGCAGAAAUUCAGGGAGUUAUUGAUGCCUGUGUAAAACUGACAGGCAUGCCUGACCUCACUCUCUCAUUCAUGAAUCCUCGGCUGCUGGAUGAUGUCAGCUUCCACCCGUGUGUUCGGUUCAAGCGCUGGGAAGCUGAGCGGAUCCUCUCGUUCAUCCCCCCUGAUGGGAACUUCCGGUUGCUCUCCUACCACGUCAGCUCUCAGAACCUGGUGGCGAUCCCGGUUUACGUCAAGCACAAUAUCACCUUCCGGGAGGGGAGCUCCCAGGGACGUUUUGACUUGACCCUGGGACCCAAACAGACCAUGGGCAAAGCGGUGGAGUCGGUUCUAGUCAGCAGCCAGCUGCCCCGGGGCGUGCUCAACGCCAACCUCAACCCCUCCCAGGGAACAUACACCUUCGACCCAGUCACAAAGAUGUUGUCGUGGGAUGUUGGUAAGAUCAACCCGCAGAAGCUUCCUAGCCUGAAAGGCACCAUGAGUCUGCAGGCUGGGGCCUCUAAACCUGACGAGAACCCCUCCAUCAACAUCCAGUUCAAGAUCCAGCAAAUGGCCAUCUCAGGGCUGAAGGUGAAUCGACUGGACAUGUACGGUGAGAAGUAUAAACCUUUCAAAGGCAUCAAGUACAUGACGAAGGCUGGCAAGUUCCAGGUGCGGACAUAAAGACUACUGCUCUGUGAAUACCGGACCAAACCACCAUGAGACUGAGGGGUGAUCUGCUGGAGAAAGGGGAGUUGGUACAUUCCCUGUGUAUAUGCAUUUCAGGAUUUACCUACAAAUAUUGGAGGCUCCUUGUAAGAGUUAAGAAUGGACCGUUGCACAUAGAAACCUCUGUUGAAGUAAACACGUCCAAUGUCCAGUAGAGCUUUGACAGAGUGUGAAGAGUUUGAACCAAGUGUAAUAAACAGUUCCAUCUCUGUCCGAGCUGAACCCGACCCCAACCCACAUGAUCCCAGUGUACAUUUCCCCUGAUAUAUAUACUGUUAACAGUGUUUUUCACUGGUAAUUUUAAUCCUAAUCCCAAACCAAACCCAAGCAGCUACAUGAGGCAUUGUGUCAGUUUGGGUCAAUUCAGGCUCCAUCAAGUUCAGACAUAAAUGUCAAGCUCUAACAAACAAACAGGCCAAAAUCUGAUGCAGUAUAGUUUCAGCUGUAGGUAUCAGGUGUGAAAUCUGUCCUUUCCACACAGUAUUUCAUUGUCUCUGGCAUGUUUGUCUGUAUAGAUGUGUGCUGGUGACUGUUUUUCACUCUCCAAACAAGAGAUAUGAAAUACUGGACCACUAAUAUAUCAAAAUAGAGCUUCCCCAGUAAUAAAUUGUGAUAGCAUGAGCUGUACAAAAUGUUUUCCCAUGUCAAGGGAAACUCUGCAGGAUAAAACACUAGUCUUACUUACAGCACAGUGAGACACCAAACUGAGUCAAGAAACUAGUGUCAGUUGAAUUGGGUGGAUAUGCUGUAACAGUUUUUCUCCACAAAACACACCCUUAAAUGUUAUAGAACAUGGUCCUACUGUACGUUACUUUUCUCUGAUCAACGAGUCCUCAUUGCAACCUACCUACGAAAAUGGAUAACACUCUAUUUCUUAUCUUCCUGCUUCCUCUCCUGUCCAGUUUUUUAUGAUGACUUUUUCCAGCAUUCUGUUUGCAUUUCUGUUUGUCCCGUUCAUGUGCUCCUCUUCCCCUCGUUGCAAUGAUUUGAUGGUUUUGUCUGCAGCGCUGGAGUCAGCACACUGACAUAUGAGAAUGUGACACUGGAGCCAUCCUCAAUCAUGCACUUUCACAUCUGCUGGUACUAACAUUUCCUUUUGAUGCGAAGUGAGAUGGAUGUAGAGUUACUGGAGCUGUUUGAGCUAUUUAUUACAAUGAAGGUUUCUGAGAAAAUUUCAGGUACAUCUUCACUUGUUAAUUAUUAUUUAUUACACAAAACAAAGGGUCCAUUCGCUAAAGUAAUGUCUUGUGUACAAUGUUUCCCAUUGCUACAUACUGUCAUGAAAUUGUUUAAAACUCUACGGAAGCUAGUUAUUUAACCAUAUUAUGACCAAACACUAUGGACUGUUUCCUCAUUAGUUUUUGCUCUCAACAUAUAGAAACACGUAGCCAAGAAAAAUAUUUUUGAUCCCGUCAGUUUGGUGCUAAAUACUGAGAUCCAAAUGAUCCUAAAACGCAGUGCAUCAUAACCCUCACAGUCAGAGAAACUGUACAAUGCACAUCUUAAGACUUAGUGAAAAAACUCAAAAUAAAAACAA